UAUCAUGUACAAAAGAAGUAUGAGACGAUUAAUACGUGAACAAUUGUGAUACAAUAGUUUCUCGGAUCUUCAGUAGAGAUUGCCUUCGUGAUCCCAAUCCUUGCUCUGGAUUCGAGACGUGCUCCGGCAACCACAUCCGAUGAGGUAACCCCGCGGCGUGGCCACAACCCACUUUUGGCAUAUCUCAAGCUAUCUUCUUCUACCCCAUCGUGGAUUAAUGCGAGGUCACAGGUGCUCCUUCUCCUAAGUCUACAAAUUCAAUAACAGUCCUAGCUUUCGACUCACCGCCAAGAAUUGUCCCCUCCAAAAUGCAUACUUCAGAAAUCAUCGCGGGUGAGCCUCAUCUUGGCCAAAAGCCACCCUCUCCGGCUCCUUCGAUCGAUAAGAGCAUCCUGCAAAGCAAAAGUGUUCCCCUGACAGUUGAUGCUCUGACCUUUGGAGCUUCAGCUGUUGGGUCAUUCAAUACAGCUCCCAGACCGGACGACCCAUAUCGUUAUCAAACAGGUUUUGGGAAUAGGUUUGCAUCUGAGGCGAUACCAGGAGCACUUCCUCCAGGAGGUCAGAGUGUCCCACAGCGGUGCCCCUUUGAUCUUUAUUCUGAACAAUUGAACGGAACAUCUUUUAUAUCUUCACGUCAAACACUUCAAAAUGUCUGGCUGUAUCGAAUCAAACCGUCUGUGGCACAUUACCCUCUGCAACCCAUGAGUCAAAACCCCGACAUAGAAGCGUGCUUCUCCCCUCAUAAUUCAAACAUCCAGUAUACCCCACUAUCGUAUUGCUGGGGUCCACUUCCGCUCCCGACCGACUCCGAAAAAGUCACCUUCGUCGAAGGACUGAAGACUAUGGGCGGCCAUGGUGAUCCAACCCAUAAAGAAGGGCUGGCACUUCACAUGUAUACUGCCAACACUUCGAUGAGCAAGACUGCUUUCAUCAAUAACGAUGGCGACUUUCUCAUAAUACCUCAAGUUGGUCGAUUAGGUAUCCAGACUGAGCUUGGAAGAAUGAUUGUGCGAGUGGGCGAAGUUUGUGUCAUUCAAGCUGGGAUCAGGUUCAAGGUAUCCUUGCCAGAUGGGCCUGCUCGGGGCUACAUCCAAGAGAUCUUUGGAACUCACUACGAGCUGCCAGAGCUCGGUCCUGUUGGUUCAAAUGGUCUCGCUCACCCAAGAGAUUUCGAAACACCCUCUGCAAGCUUCGACAUUGACAGCUCGGAAUGGAAGAUAAUUCUCAAGCUCACUGGGAAGUUGUUCUCGUACACCCAAAACCAUACGCCUUUCGAUGUGGUCGCUUGGCAUGGAAACUACGCACCAUACAAAUACGAUCUAUCGAAGUUCAAUGCCAUAGCUUGCGGUAUGAAGGAACAACUCGAUCCAACCGUUUACACCGUUUUGAUGGCCAAAUCAAAGAUACCUGGUGUAUACCUUUCCGAGUUCGCCGUAUUCACGCCAAAAUGGUUGAAUACUCAGGACACAUUCAGGCCUCCCUACUAUCACCGUAACAUGGCGACUGAAAUCGGAGGGCUCAUCUAUGGAAAGUAUCGUGGGAGUGUCAAAGACAUGGUUCCAGGAGGACUCUCUUGCGAAAACAGUUACAUGCCACACGGGGAAUCAUACGAAGCUUUCAAGCGGGCAAGCACCGCUGAGCUAGGGCCGGAAUUGUCUGGUGAGGGGGCGCUGGGAUUCAUGUUACAUCUUAGUUCUCACUUCUCCAUCACGAAGUUCGCCAUGGAGAGACAUCCAGACUUGAAACCUCAGAAGCCGAAGUUCUGGGAAGAUGUUCAAGGGCAUUUCUUGGAUCACUUGGACAAAGUCAACGACAUUCUCGUAGCAGUUGGACGUCCUAAGUUAGGAGCUAAUGCGCCUAUCGUAUGAAUGUAAAAUUGAAACCUUGCGCUAUUUAUCUUUGUGUUGCGACCAUGUGUUUCCCUAUCAGGACUUGAGGUCAUCUCAAGUACUUAGCUCU